AGUGACAGUUAGACCUGUUCGUCACAGGAAACUGCAAGUGUGCAGUAAAUAAAGCCGCCUGCCACCAGCGUGCAUGCUAAAACACAGAGACCACAGCAGCAUCAACAUCAUCCUUUACCUCAAUCUGAGAACAUCAGCAAACAAUAACAGUAACUUGGGUUAAAAUUGCACUCUCAGUAUCUCAGUUUUCAGAUGUGCAUGUGAGGAGCUCUGUUUGCCCGUGCAGAAAGGAUUAUCAUCAAUUGAACUCUAAGGACCAUGAGAUUGUGGUUCGCAUCGUCUCUGUGCAGGUAAACACUGUAGAUCAGUAUGGGCAGUCGGCCAAGUAAAGACCGGCGUGGAUCCAAUGCUCAUGCUGUCCUGUUGGACACAGAGGAGAGCAACGGCCUGCUGACCAUGGAGAGUGUCAGAUUUGUGUUGGUGUCUCUGUAUGACUACCCGUCCAGAGGCCCGGGCGACUGCGCCAUUAGAGUCGGAGAACGCCUCAACAUUCUGUCAGAUGAGGGAGAGUGGUUUAAAGUCAGCUCAUCAGCCACAGGAAAUGAGAGCUACAUCCCCAGCAACUACACCGCCAAACUCUACAACAGGUGGCAGUUUGUGGGUCUCAGCAAACGGAAAUCGGAGGAACUGCUGAUGCUCCCUCAUAAUCAGCCCGGCUCUUUCCUCAUCAGAGAGAGCGAGACCUUCCCAGGUAACUACACUCUGUCAGUGCGUAAGAGCAGCUCACAGGAGCGUGCGUCUGUCAAACACUACCGCAUCAGCUGCAUAGACAACGGCUGGUUCUACAUCUCUCCUGGACUCACCUUCAGGAGCCUCUCAGACAUGAUCGCGCACUAUUCAGAAGUAGCGGACGGGUUGUGCUGUACUCUUGGAGAGCCGUGCUACAUCAUCGGAUCCAACAAUGUCCCUGUGGUCAAUGGUGCGCCUCCAGUUGCAGUGAAAAGGCCAACUAUCAACUGGAAAGAUGUUGACAGCUCCAUGAUCUUCAGUCAGACUAAAGAAGGAGCUGAGGACUCUCUGGUGAGUGAGGGCCUGAAGGAAGCCAUCAACUCAUACCUCUACAUGACAGAGAAAUGUGAGGACUGCUGUCAGCUCUGGGAGACGUGACAGGAGAAAGAGCGAGCCCGGAGGACAAGCGUUCAAAAGACUUUCGCUCGUCUGUUUCUUAGAAGAUGAGUGCAGAAGUGGUUUGGGCGUCCGAUUAAGUUUUCCCUGACUCAUUGCUGUUCUUCCAGAGUGGGUGCUGGAGAUGUCAGAUGUGAAACUCGUCCUGAAAGAGCCACAGAGGAGUGUGUGUGUGUGGGUGGAGGAACAGAUGAAGGUGGCGCAUCCACUUACACACGCACACACUUGUGACGCAUUUACAUGAGGCGGCACGUCACUGGAAAACCAGAGGAGCUUUACUUUCAGUAUUAAGGAGGUAUUGGUGUAUUAUUUCAAUCGCAAAACAAUGUAUUUAUAACUUGGAAUAUAUAUCAGUUUGUAAAUAAAUGUACAGCUAUGUCAAAUAUUAAGAGACUUCUUGAAAAGUGAUUCAUUCCUCUGGAUGUACAAGGUUUGAAUAUUGUGUAGGGCCAGAUGGAACCUGCGGACAUUUUUUGCUAUUUUUGUGCAGAAUUUUUUUAAAAAUCUGUGAUUUAUGCGGAAUGAUUUUGAGAGUAUCAUAACUAAAAACUUAAUAUAUAAAAUAAAAAGUAUUACUUAUAUUUAAUGUUUACAGAGCAAAUCCAAUUAGAUCCACUUUAUUUGGUAAACAGAGCAAGCCUCUCAUAUAUCUACUAAAAGACAGAAAAUAUUACUUUACAAACUGUAGUGUAAGUUAAUCAUAUGAAUAUUGUCAUAUUAGUCAAUAAUGUUACUGCAGUUAAUUUAAAAACUGAAUAAAUAUAAAUUUACACACAUUUACACAAUAAACAGAAUCAAUGAUGGGCUAAAAAUCUGCGGAAUUCUGUGCACGCAGAUUCCAUGUGGGCCUAGUAAUGUGUUAAAGGGAUAGUUCAUGCAAAAGCCAAACCAGUUUUGUUUUGCUGAACACAAAAUAUAUUUUGUAGAAUGUUAGAAACAUGUAACCAUUGAUUUACAUAGUAGUUGUAUUUCCUACUCUGGAAGUCAGUGGUCACAUGUUCCUAACAUUCUUCAAAACAUCUACUUUUUGUGUUCAACACAAAAAACAUACUCAAAGGUUUGUAACCACUUGAGAGUCACUGACUGUUUACAUGUACAUCAAUAAUCAAAUUAUUUGCCUUAAUCUAGAUUAAGACAAUAUGAUUAAGGCGUUUACAUGAGUUACUUUUUGUAAGUUCCUUCCAUGAUUCUGUUUUACAUGUUAAAGCAAAUAAUUCAAUUAAGGUCAUCGCUAUCUAUUUACAUUUCCUCCAGAGUUUCAUGUAAUUUCGGGCAUUUAAUUUUUUCUUUUUUGACUUUAACGGCAGUUUCUUUUUCAUUCAGGAACAUUUCAUUGAUGUCCCCCCGUAGUGAUGGGAAGUUCAGAUCAUUUUACUGACUCGGAAAAAAAAAAAGAUUUGUUUAUCUCGAUGAACAAGACUCAAAGGUCUGAGUCAUUUCAUUCAAUUUGCCAAAAUAACAUUGAAAUGUUACGAGAUGCUUCCAAACACAUCUACAACGCCCAAACGUUAAUCAUACUACUUACAAGUCAUAACUAAAAUGCUACUGUACAAUGCUACUAUAUUAACAAAGAAAAAAAGUAAUCGUUCACCGUUUACCUGGGACUAUGUAUAAAGCUGCUCAGUGUAGAAUUUUACUUUUAAGUGUGUCAAAAUUCUAAGAAUGACUUCAUUUUACUUUUAUUUCUAGACUUAAGAUUAAGUGUUAAGACUUGGUCUCAGCUCCUAAAUUAUUUAGGAGUGUUUGCGAUGUGUCUUAACCUAGUUAGGAGUAACAAGAUGGCAGCAGAUAGGAGACCACGCACCUUUCAAGAACAAAAGAAUUUGUUGCAAUUAUAUAAUAACAGGGAUUUGCUAAAACGUUUGAUCAUGAAGAUAUUCUUUUUGUAACUAAUCUAGUCAGAAAUGCAAUAACUUCUCACACUCUACGAAACAAUGCCUUAACUGCAGAAAUUAAGGUAAUAAUGACUCUGCGUUUUUUUGGAGACUGGAAAGAUGCAGCAGUGCAUCAACCCCUCACAACCCACAGCCAGCAGAGUGCUGUUUAUGACUAUAGCAGCACUAACAACACCAAACAUAAGGCAGUUCAUUGACUUUCCAAGUGACCUCCAAACUAUACAGCAAAAGCAAGUGGCUUUUAUGUGCAUUGCGGGCUUCCCUGGAGCCCUCCCUUCCCUUGUAGGAGCCAUUGAUGGCACUCAUGUUUGCAUUAUUGCUCCGACUGUAAAUAAGGAGGCAUAUGUCAAUAGAAAAGGAUUUCACAGCAUCUAUGUUCAAGUUGUGUUUGAUGGAAAGAUCCUGGAUCUUGUGCCAAAAUGGCCAGGGUCAACACAUGAUGCCUGGGUUCUUUCAGAGUGACCUCACUGGGUUAUUUGAACAAAAUUAUGUUCCCCUGGAUGUCAUCUAGAAGAACAUUUUCCGAAUCCAUUUUUUAAGGGUUUUAAACUUUGGUCUUUCUUUUAGCGGUAGCUAAGAGUGCAAUUUACAAUUAUGUGAUUUAUCAGCUUAAUGACUUAAGUAGCAUUACAUUUGUCCAUGCAGUCAAUCAAUUUGUGCAAGAUUGUGUAAAAUGCAUGUACAUAUUUGUAUUUUCUUUUUUCACAUAAUGCAAAACUACUAAAUGAUAUUU